GCAGAAGCCUCAGAGAUACAGUCACUAAUAAAACCCCUCUUUCUCCUCGUUCCUCCCAAAUUGCUAUUCUACUGGAAAGUCACAGAGUUUCUGCCAAAGCAUACAUCUGAACUAAAAGCGGAAGCAUUUAUAGAAGAAAGUUCUGCAAUAUCAUCACAGUAUUCCAAAUUUAGGCAGAAAAGUAAUGGAAGAGCAAGAAACUACUGCAGGGAUAUUUUUUUAUAUCAUGCAAGUGUUUAAAAAUUCUCUUGAUUUAUAAGACUGAACAGAUUGCUUACGUCUUUUAUUCACAGAGGAAAUCCACAACACCUGGGGGAGUGGAAGGAACUCAUCCGUCUCAGUCUACUUAAUAGAAGUUUGUUUGCAGAACUAUGAGACCGCCUUCAGCAGGGCAGCCUCCCCUUUUUAAUAUAAGCCAUGUCUGGAGAUAUAGUCUAUGCUGAUCUCCAAACUAUUAGAGCUUCACAUUUAGGACAUUCAUCUCCAGUUCCAAGACCUGAGUCUCACCAUCAUAGAAUUCUUCUGAAAAUUGGAUGUACAAUGAUUAUUGUCCUCCUUGUAAUAAUAAUUAUGCUCAGCAUUUUUGUUAUCCAGUACAAAUCUGCAAGACAUACUGAAGUGGAUAAUGAAUCAAAAGAGGCAUACUGUAAUGGGAAAAAUAAAUCUGGAACAAUCACCUCAAUAGUUUCUUCCAACCCUCCUACUGCUCACAAACCAUGCCCCAACAAAGACUGGAAGCUACAUGAGGGGAAAUGCUACUGGGUUGAUACCCAUAAGAAAUCUUGGAUUGAAAGUAGAAAUGACUGCAUCAUGAAAAAUUCACAGCUCAUGGUGAUUCGGGACUUCAUUGAUAUGAGUUUCCUAUGGCUGCACCUAAGUCAUUCAGACUAUUAUUGGAUUGGCUUGAGUAUUCCAACCAAAGAAAAACUAUGGACCUGGGUAGACAACAGCUCGUUUGACCCCCGUCUAUUUUCAAUAGAAGAAAGCACACCAUGGACUCGGAGCAUGAAAUGUGCCCAGGUGUCUCGUGUUAACAUAAUUGGGAAAAAAUGUGAAGACCGUGAGCAAUGGAUUUGUCAGUUGUCAUCCACUCAGCAGUAAAUCAGUCUCCAUUUCUCUGGCUGAAAAACACAUGAAGUUUGAACUCAUGACAAAGGAUAGUCCAGACAGAGUAUUACUUAUAUCCUCGAGGGCUCUGUAUGUGCAAGAAUGUGUUCGUGUAUGGCUCUUGUCACUAUAGCACUAUCUCUCUAUAGUGUGGGAAGGCUGCUGGAAAAAAUGUUAUGUAAAAUGAA